UUUUGAGACGCAGAUUAAAUGUAAUUUCGAUGUUGAGGUGACAAUAUUAAAUGUAUCGAUUUUUUAAGUAUGGUAAUAGUUGUAUUGACAUCACAGCUGUUCCAUUCGUGUGAAUUGUCGUGAUAUUGAAAAUUACAAUAAUUUAUCCAAAACCAGGUUGGCAGUCGCUUUUAAUUUGUCAAAUUUCGCUUCCCUAACAUUCUCGUGGAAAUCGAAGUACAAUCUUAUGUAGACAUAAUUACUUAUAUCACCUGCCCAAGUCGCCUUAAUACUAUGCCUCUCUUUGGUAAGUCUCAGAAAAGCCCUGCGGAGCUUGUUAGAUCGUUAAAAGAUGCCGUGACGGCUUUAGAGAGGGGUGAUAAGAAAGCUGAAAAAGCUCAAGAAGACGUGAGCAAGAAUUUGGUACUGAUUAAAAAUAUGCUUUAUGGUACAUCUGAUGCAGAACCACAAACAGAUAUCAUUGUUGCACAAUUAGCACAGGAAAUGUAUAACACUAACUUGCUACUGCUUUUGAUACAGAAUUUAAACCGAAUAGAUUUUGAAGGAAAAAAAGAUGUGGCCCAAGUUUUCAACAAUGUCCUUAGACGUCAAAUUGGAACACGAUCUCCAACAGUAGAGUACAUUUGUACCAAGCCUGAAAUAUUAUUUACACUGAUGUCAGGGUAUGAACAUCAAGAGAUAGCUUCCAACUGUGGCACGAUGCUGCGAGAAUGUGCUAGAUAUGAGGCUUUGGCUAAAAUAAUGUUGUAUUCAGAUGAUUUUUAUAAUUUCUUCCGUUAUGUAGAAGUUUCCACUUUUGAUAUUGCCUCAGAUGCCUUUUCUACUUUUAAGGAAUUGCUAACAAGACAUAAAAUUUUGUGCGCCGAAUUCUUAGAAGCCAACUAUGAUAAAGUAUUCAGUCAUUAUCAACGACUUUUGAAUUCUGAAAACUAUGUAACUCGAAGGCAAAGCUUAAAGCUGCUUGGUGAAUUAUUGCUCGAUCGUCACAACUUCUCCAUUAUGACACGUUACAUCACUAAUCCAGACAAUUUAAAACUCAUGAUGAACAUGUUGAAAGAGAAAUCACGUAAUAUACAGUUUGAGGCCUUUCAUGUGUUCAAGGUAUUUGUAGCAAAUCCCAACAAACCAAAACCAAUUUUGGAUAUUUUGUUGAGAAAUCAAGACAAGUUGGUAGACUUCCUCACCAAGUUCCACACGGACCGUUCAGAAGACGAACAAUUUAAUGAUGAAAAGGCUUAUCUUAUAAAGCAAAUCAAAGAGCUUAAACCGUCAGAACACUAACAUUUAUUGCAUUUCAUAAAAUUGCCACUUCCUCCUCGAAAAGAAGUUAGAUUAUAGAUGCUAUUAUAUUUAAAUGCUUCUAAGUCACCAAAGGGUGUUCUGCGGCGCAAAACACAGAGGUUCCAUACAUUUUUAAAUCUUAUUUUUACAUUUGGUCUGUGAUGAGUCAAGGAAAGUAUGUAUGUGCUACGAGCAAAGUAACAUUUUAAAAAGCAAUUUAGCAAUUAGUCUUACUUAUGGUUUGACUUAUAUUUUUUGUAAGUUGUCAAAACCAUUUUAGCUUACUGACAUGUAGUGACAUUAUCCUCAGUCACAUACAUUAAAUUCAUUCACGUGUAUGUGCCUAUAAAUUCAGAUAUACUUAUUACUAUUAAACUUGAUUUUUUAAAGUUAGAAAAAGAAAACAGGUACCGAAGAUCUAAGGAGUUUUGUAUAUAAUUGACUUUUAAUUCGAAUGUUUUUAAAAAUUUUAUUCCAUUAUCAAAAGUAUAUUGUUGAAGAUAAAGUUAUGUAUGUAUAAAAUGUUUGGUUUCAGACAAUGGUAUUAAAAAUUGUUUUUUAUGCAAUUGGAAAAAUUCUAUCCAUUAGUGCUUAUUAGUGAUUGCAAAAUUACACCUUUUUUUUUUCAUUGAACAUCAAUUAUUAGUGAUGUACAAUUUUUCAUAAAUGCUAGAUCAAUUAUUUGUAUAAUGAUUUCUAUUUUGUGAGCAUUACUUUAGAACGGAAUAAAUAAAUAUUUAUAUCAUUUUAAAAGUUAUUUUAUUAAAAUAUUAUUUAUGUCGCAUUAUAAAUGCUAAAAAUAUAACUGUUUGCGACAUGUGUGGUUCGAUUAAUAAUUACUGGUAAAUCUUACGCAAGUUGUUUAAAAAUAAUGUUAUCAUUUCUUUAUCUUUGUUGUGGUAUUUAACCGUGAUCAUAUCAUAGAAUUAGGCAAUUUAUAACACAUUUGAUGUUUUCAUUCUGAACGCGGGUAGGUACAAUAAUAGUCGAAAAUAGAUAUGUGUUGAAUAUUGGACUGCGUAUGGUAAUAAAAUUGCAACAAUGCCAAUUUGUACAAUAUAUAAAUAAAUAAUAGAGUAAAAUUCACACAUGCUCAUCUGGCCUCAAAGCAUUAUUCCGUGGACUAUGAGGAACCGGAGACUAAUUCAUACAUAUUACUUUUAAAAUAAUUUUAGGAUAUAAAUUUUCUAGAGAAGUUUACAUUAGGUAGCGACUUGCUGUGCCCUUGACAUUGCUGAUUUCAGGUUCGUAUGCUCGUUUG